AUUUUUAAUGUCGGAUAAAGCUUAAGAAGAGCUUCAAAAUACUAAUGAAGAUGUGAAGAAAGAAAAUGAGAUUGUAAAGAAGAUUAAGAAUCCGAGAGGAUAAAAAUACAUAAAUCCUGCUGAAUAAUAUUAGCCUAUUGAAACAAUGUUGAAUUCUGAAUUUUAUAAGGUUGAUGUAAUUGAUUUGGCUAAGAAAUUAAUUGGUAAGAUAAUAGUAAGAUAAUUACCAUAAGGAGAGGUAAGAGCUUUAAUAGUUGAAGCUGAAGCCUACAAAGGUAAAUUAGAUAAUAAAAAAAGCGCCUGAGGAUAAGGCCUGUCAUGCUUAUAUGAAUAAAAAAACAGAGAGGACACAAUAUUUUUGGUAAGAUGGAGGACAUUUAUAUAUUUAUUAAAUUUAUGGGAAUAGUUAUUGUUUGAAUAUUACUGCUGCAACAAAUAAGGACCCUGAAGCAGUAUUAAUAAGAGCUAUUUAACCUUUAAAAUUUGAGAUAGUUAAAGAUUUAAGAAAGAUUAAGUCUUGCAAAUUAUAAGAAUUAUCAAAUGGUCCUGGAAAAUGUGGAUAAUGUUUAUAACUUAAUAAGAGUCAUAAUGGAUUAAAUUUAUGUGAUAAGAAGAGUGGAAUGUAUAUAAUCGAUAAUGCUACAGAAUAUGAGAUUGGAAUAUCAAAGAGAAUAAACAUUGAUUAUGCAGAGGAAUACAAGGAUAAACCUUGGAGAUUCUUUAUAAAAAAUAAUAGUUUUGUUUCAAAAAAAGGAUGA